AUGUCCGCCCGCGCAAUGCACAUCCGAGCAGCGUCGCGUGCCCUCGCGUCGUCGUCGUCGCCCGCCCGCCGCCCGCCGGCCAGACUCUGCGCGCCAGGCCGUGUUCGAAGCUUCUCCAAGCCUUCCGAUGCGGCCCCCGAGGCGGCCCCCGAUGCGGCCCACCCGCGCCCUGCCUUCGUGACGCGCCAGCUACAGAUCCCCAUCGACCCGGCCGUGGCCCGCGAGCCCCCGGGCGAGACCAUCCCCGGCUCGCCAAUCUCGGUCCUCCGCACCGUCGCCGGCAUCCGCCACUGGGCCUCCGCCGCCUGCCGCGACGGCCCGCAUGCUGCCCGUGCCCGUGCCCGUGCCGGCGACCAGGGCCUGGCCCUCGUGCCCACCAUGGGCGCCCUGCACGAGGGCCACCUCCGCCUGAUCCGCGACGCCGUGGGCCGCGGCCACAACAAGAUUGUCGUCAGCAUCUACGUCAACCCGGCCCAGUUCGGCGUCGCCGAGGACCUCGACAGCUACCCCAAGACCUGGGAGGCCGACUGCGCCGCGCUCAGGGCCCUCCACCAGGAGCUGGGCGCCGCGGGCGGGCCCCUCGAGAUGGCCGUCUUCGCGCCCACCACGCGCGAGAUGUACCCCUCGGGCUUCCCCGGCCAGGAGCCCGACUCGGACGGGAGCUUCGUGACCAUCACGCCCGUGGGCGCGCUCCUCGAGGGCCGCACGCGCCCGACCUUCUUCCGCGGCGUCGCCACCGUGUGCAUGAAGCUCUUCAACAUCGUGCAGCCCACCCGCGUCUUCUUUGGCCAGAAGGACGUCCAGCAGACCGUCGUCGUCCGCAAGAUGGUCCGCGACUUCUGCAUGCCGCUCGAGGCCGUCGUCGUGCCCACCGUCCGCGACCAGUCCGACGGCCUCGCCCUGAGCAGCCGCAACGUCUACCUCGGCACCAGGAGGCGCCGCGCCGCCCCCGUCCUGAUCCGCGCCCUGAGGGCUGCCGAGCGUGCCUAUUGUGUUGACGGCGCCCUCGACGCCGGCGACGUCAUCACCGCCGCGCUCAACGUGAUCCUCGACACCCUGGAGGAGCAGAAGGACCUGCCGCCCCACGAGGGCGUCAUGUUCAAGCUCGACUACAUAUCACUGGCCGACCCCGACACGAUGGAGGAGAUCGACCAGAUCGACCCCUCCAAGGGUGCCAUCCUGAGCGGCGCCGUCAAGAUGCUGCCUGUGUUUGAACCACAACAAGGCGAGGACCUAGGCCAUAACAAUGGGCCGCCAGUGAGGCUGAUAGACAACAUCAUCUUGCCGCCUAAACCUUAG